AUAAAUUCAUAGAUGAAAUGCAUAUAGGACAGCAUUUAUCUACAGGAAAACAAUACUAUUUUUGUGUAUAGACAUGCUAUUUUAAACCCAUGUCACAUCAAAGUAAUGCUUCAAAAUAAUUAAUGGUAAAGUACAAUAGGUUUCACAUCAAUAAUGCAGUAUCAUAAGUGUCACAUUACUUUUAUUUUUUACUACUCAGCUGUUAGGUGUUGUAAUCAUUAUCAGUGACAGCUUUUGUACCAGUUAUUUCUGAGAAUGAAUAAACAAAAUUAGCAAUUUUGUGAGAAUUAUACACUCAUAGUAAAAUACAUGUUAUCGGUAGGCUUUAACUGGUAAUAAAAAAUACCCCUGGACCAAAAUGUACCGCUGUAAAUUAACAAUGGUUUUAUUAUAGUAAAAGUGUAGUUACCAUGUUUUUUUGGCGGAUUGAUUACCAAUCUGUAUAACCACAGUUUUUUUAACAAACAUCCAAGUACGAGUACAGUAGACCUGUUAGAUUUUGUUUCCAAUUCCCAACAAAUAUAGUGAAAAGGCAACAUGCCUAAAAAUAAUAAACACAAGUUAAAUGAUGAAUAUGAAAGUUUAGAGAUGACUGUCAAAGCAGAGGGUGCUGACAUGAAAAUGUUUUAAAUGGCUUUUUUCUUAUUGGAAGAAGUUGGAUAAAGAAACUGAUCUGCAAGACAGGACGAGAAACAAGAUUUAACACUUGUCUAUGAAGUAUGAAAACAUCAUGACAAAAAAUAUUACACAUAUAUUUUAUUAUAUUUAUUAUACACUAUAUUAUAGCUAUAAUUAAUAAAAUGCCUUUAAAAAAAAUAUAAAGUGCUUUUGGAUGCCAUUAAAGCAGGACCUUAACAUGAAUCGGCCCAUCUGUCUCUGAUCUGUUUAUCCGUUUAUGAAAUGUGAUGCCUUUCAUCCUUCUUAUCCUCGCUUUUAGAUAUUCUCAUCUCCUCACCUUCUCUUUGAACUUCAUCCUGGGUCACCGUGAAUAUCAGCCUCUCGCUCCUCAGUUUCUCCUUGACGCUGUUUUUUACGUAACCUUUUCUGGCAUCACUCCCCUCCUCCAAAAACAAAAUACAGAGGAAAAUAAAUAAAUAAAUAAUAAUAAAAUCUGUAUUAAGUUGCCCAAGGCCGAAGCUUCAGACUUAAUCCCUUAUGCAAACAGAUUUGUGAAAUUUGGAUACGAUUUGUACGAUGAAACCAUACAUUUAUGUAACAGCGACAAGGUAAAGAGAUAAAUGUAAUAUGUUUGUGGAACAACAAUGACGGUCAGGACAAAUGAGUGCAAUAAAGACGGUUAAUGACAUUCACGUGUGCUCUAGCAUCUCUAGUCUUGUUUUAUAUGAUCUAUAGAUUUAUAUUAGCACAUGAGCAUCACAUUGUGUAUUAAAUCAUUCUGAUAACUGUAAUGUUAUGCAGUAUGUAGACAAUCGUGUGAUGUGCACACCAUAAAGCUCUAGGACAGUUCUGAAAAGUGACAUUUUCUGAGAAAUUCCUGUGAACAGUUCGUGGAAAAGGAUUUACCAUAUGCCAUGAUGCCAUGAAUUAAUGCUCUUGUAGAAACAGCAGGGGUGUUUCAUUUAAUCCCUAUUUGUCUAUUUUCAGUUUGUGGAAAUAAUAUGAAUGUGCAAUCAGAAGAGGAUCUCUUCAGAUUAAUCGGUCAGAUCUUAUCUUAUUAUGCUUGUAAUGUUAAUGUGGAAGAUGCAAAUGAAAUAUACCACCAAACACAUAUACGUGUAAGAAAUUAAACCUUUCUCAAAUUCUACAAUUUUACAAUCAUAAAAUUAUGGAUAUUAUAUUUGAAUACUACAUAUUUGCCAUAACCUCAUUUCUGUGUGAUGUUUGAAAAGCACAGAUUAUGCAAAAAUAGUAAGCUACAAAAAGUUUAAAUAAUAAUAAUAAUAAAAAGGUUGAUUAUUUUUAGGAUUAGAAUAAUGUAAAGUUUAAUGUUCAUAAAAUAUAAACAACCUGUUCAUUGGUUACCAUAUACAGUGAAAGAUUAUAUUAAAUUUAAAGAGACGUAAUUUUACUAUAAAAUAUUGUUAAAAAAAAAAAGUGUUUUAUCAGCACAAAAUUAGGCUCAUCUUGUAAUUUAAGGUGAAAAACUGUAAAAGGACUAGAUGUCUCAGAGUGAUACGUUAUAUUUGAUUCUAUUUUAUGUAAAUAAUUAUGUUUCUUAGGAUUUUUGUUUUGUGUAGUUAAUGUUUACUUCAUUAUUUUACUGUCAUAUUCAUGUGUUACCUGAUGGUUGUAUUUAUUUAUUUAUUGUUUACACAACAACGAUGUACUAAAACAAAAGUUUUUCCUUUGCGUUUUUCGCGAACAGAUGACAACGUUGUCAAAAUUAUUUCUGUUCACAUGAAUCCGCAUAAACAACUAAAAACCGCUGUAUGUUGCCAGGCCAGUAGUUGGCGAUGUCACUUUAGGGUUUUUCACACUGAGCUAAACCCCGGGUUAUCUUCGUUCUAAACACCGCUUUUAACCCCGGGUAAAGGGGCGUUUCACACUUGUAAUUUAGAAGUGGGGUUAGCACCACUUUUUACCUAGGGUUAUGAAACCCUGCUCCGGAGCAGGGUUAGCACCGCUAUUGCAGUGUUAACCCCGCAUUGCGGUGCCAAACUUGCAGUGUGAAACGACGCGGUGUUCUAAUUUUAUGACUAGAUGCUUAGCAACGGCUAACCAUCAUAUUCACGUGCUUAGACAGUCAAAGAAACAUUAUAUAUAAACAGUAAAUUCAGCGUUUGAGAGGAAAAAUGUCAAAUGCUGACUGAAAACGCGACAAUUUAAGUGAAGUAGAGAAGUAGUUUCAUUCUUACCUUUAUAGUCCGAAAUGUCCAUUCAUUAUAAAUUCGAUAGUACAGUCGUUAGUAAGAGGAUGCACAAUGCUAAAGCUAUGUAAACAGGUCGCGUGCUGCGUUUAUCCAAUCAAUGACACUGACACCGCAAAUAAGAAUGGUAACCCAGGGUUUAGGAAUGUACAAUGUGAAACGUCAGCUUAUAAAUACCCAAGAUUAAUUGUUAACACCGGGCAAAUUAUGAGCAGUGUGAAACGUGAAGCAAGAUAACCCAGGAUUCUGUUUACCCGGGGUUUAGAAUGACCCAGGGUUAACUAUUUCAAGUGUGAAAAUUUUAUUUGUAAAGAACCACUAUGUGCCUAUAGACUGAACUUUUUACAAAUUUGCGGUUUUGUAGUUUGCACGGAGAUGGUAACGGUAUUGUUUUUAAAAACUUGCACUUUGAAACACGUUUUUAAAAGUUUGCGUUUUGAGGCGCCCAAAGCGCCAUUGUCGUGUAAAUGAACGACCAAAACGCAUAAAAAGAUUUCAGUUUUUAGUUGAAAUCGAUGUCAUGUAAAUGACCCCUUAGUUUCUUUGUCAUGUUCUGUUUAAGGGCCGUUUACAAGACACUGUUUUCAACUUACUUCAGCUACUUUUACAAAGUGACAUCGCCAACUACUGGCCUGGCAGCAUAACACAUCAUUUAUGUCGUUUUCGCGGAUCCGUGUGAAAAGGGAUCAUUUUGACAACAUUGCCGUGUGUACGCAAAAAAAACGUGAAGGAAAGACUUUUCCUUUUUUAGUACGUCUUUGUCGUGUAAUUUUUCUAGUUCAUGGUUUUCCCUGUCACGCUUUUGCCUGAGUUCUAGUUCGUAGUUUGCUUCCAUGCUUUCUGAUUAGUGCACACCUCUUCUUUGUUUCUUUGAUUAUCAUUAGUGUAUUUAAGCCCUCUGUUUUCCUUAGUUCAUUGUUCUGCAUCGUCAAUGUUUAUGUGUAGUUUGUUUCAUGUUCUUGGUGUUUAUUAAAAGUAAAUUUAUUCGCUCAUUCUGUGUCACACAUCUCGUCUUUUGGAUUUACUACACGCUACCAUGAAUGUUACUAGUUGUGUAUAUUAGAAUUUUAUAUUACAUCUUAUGUUGUUAAAUGAAUGUUUAUUGCAUUAUUUCAGUGUCGUGUAUGUUACCAUGAUAGUGUUUUGUGUGCAUGCCACUGUGUGUGCCUUCUAAUUAUUAGUAUUUAUAUAUAUAUUUGUAAAUUUCACUUUUAAACUAAAAUUUACAGGUUGUUCUGUUACUGAAUUAUUCUGGCAACUACAGCUGCCAGUGUUUUUUCUGUAAAAAUUACAUUUUUUACAGUGUAGGCUACCUUAUUAAAUUAAUUAAAAUUAAAAUUAAAAAUCAAGGUAAGUAGAGCAGUUAAUUCACUUUAUUUCCUGUCUGAGUCUGAUUGUUGAUCAUAUCAGCCUUCAAACUGAUGUGAGUAUGACCCCUCCCCCAGUCACUUUCAUACACCAUACAAAAAGCCCUCAUGAGCCGAGCCAGUCAAUCAGAGGGCACAGGCGGUCUGAGGAGGAAGGUCAACCGGCAGAGUCAGCGAACACUGUGACAAGAUUGGAAAAAAGAAAGGACCAACAGAUAAAGAUAAAGAUUUGAUGAGUUUCACUCCAGACUGAGUACAGUACAGGCUUAGGACACACGCUGAUCACAGACAGCUCAUCCCAAUACAGAUAUGACUGCAUGCAUCUUCUUACGGGGAGCAAAAAUUGACAGAGAAUUGGCAGAUGAUGAAAUUGAAGAGCUGAGAGAGGCAUUUAAUGAAUUUGAUAAAGAUAAAGAUGGUCUAAUUAGCUGUAAGGACCUGGGAAACCUGAUGAGGACGAUGGGCUAUAUGCCAACCGAGAUGGAGCUGAUCGAGUUGGGCCAGAACAUCAACAUGAAUUUGGGAGGGAGGGUAGACUUUGAAGACUUUGUGGAGUUAAUGGCCCCAAAGCUUUUGGCAGAAACAGCAGGCAUGAUUGGUGUGAAGGAACUGCGAGAUGCUUUCAAAGAGUUCGAUAUGGACGGCGAUGGCUCGAUCACUACUGAGGAACUGAGAUGUGCUAUGAGUAAAUUACUGGGAGAACACAUGAACCACAGAGAGAUUGACGCUGUCGUCCGAGAGGCGGACAAUAAUGGUGAUGGUACAGUAGAUUUUGAAGAGUUUGUGAAGAUGUUGUCAAGCUGCUGAGAACAUCAUCUUAUUCUGGAUGCUGCAGAUACAUAAAACGUACAUAAAGCAAAGUAAUUUCACACAAGACAGCAUAUGCAUGGACGUAAAUAUAACAGCAAUGUACAGAAAGGUUUUUUCCCCCACAAUCUAUGCAAAAAUCUCAAACUUUCAAUGCAAUACUAAGUUAUUGAUCUUAAAACUGGAUGCACAAUAUUUCUCUAAUAUCAUCUUUACAUUAUUUUUAGAAGAUAUUUCCUCAAUAAAAUACAAAAUUAAGAAAUAAA